AAGCAACUGAGGGGCAUGGAAUCAGAAACAAAAUCUAAACCUCAGACACCAGUGCACCACAGCCACGGAGCCUCCUUUGAAGAUAAGCCUUAUCCUGCAGCGGCGCGACCACAGCGUCCCACGUCGGACUCUCAUGCUGACCUGGCACGUCGCACCAGCUCCCUCCCUGUCCACCCAACCUACUUUAACCUUCUCCGCGCCAACCAUGUCCAUCCGCACCCACGCCACCUCCCCGCGCCGAGAAAACGCCAGCAAGUUCGUGACCCAGCGCCGAUCCUCGCCAUGGCCACAGCGUCUUUGUCCGCCGUCGCGGCACCGCUGUCCGUCGCCGGGCUCAGGAAGCCGCUCGGCGCCGCGUCGUCGUUCCAGCCCCUGCCGCCCAGGGCGAGGCCGGCAGCCAGGAUGGCCGUCCGGGCGUCGGCGUCCAUGAAGGAGAAGGCGACUGCCGGGCUGACGGCGGCGGCCGUGGCGACGGCGCUGGUCCUGCCGGACAUUGCGGAGGCAGCGCAGGGGGGGCUGACGCCAUCGCUGAAGAACUUUCUGCUCAGCAUCGUGUCCGGCGGGGUCGUGCUCGUGGCCAUCGUAGGCGCCGUCGUCGCUGUCUCCAACUUCGACCCCGUCAAGCGGGCCUGAUCGACCGGUUGUUGGUUCCGAGGCACGUCUACCCUCUAUGAUGUGUCGAAUGGUAUCUUGCUGUGUUAUUUUGGAGAUUGUUCAAACAGAUUUAUGAUAUGGAGUUCGUGUUAAUCGUU